GAGAGCGGGCAGGACCCAACCAACUUCCACACUCACACAGGAAAAGUCGGGAAAACACAUCUGUCCCCGCAUGUCGCUGUUUCUGCAUUUCUGCAUGUGUUUUUAAAGCUGUUCCGGUGAAUUUUAGCAGGGGAGCGGUGCGCUGGAGCGCUGCUGGAGGAGUUACCGCCACUUGGCCGCUGUUGUGGGCGGUGUAACGUGCCAGCGCUGGGACGGUUCGCUGCGAUGGAGAGCAUGCACUAACCGGAUUUGGAUUUUUUUUAUUUUUCUUGGAUUACUCCCCGUUUAACCGACCCGGUUCGUUUCCCGUUCAUUUUAUCCUGGUUUUACUGUCAGUGUGGAGUGGUGAAUACUUUCAAAAUGCCUGCAAAAACCAAGUACAACCUCGUUGAUGAUGGGCAUGAUUUGAGGAUCCCUUUGCACAACGAGGAAGCGUUCCAGCAUGGGAUCAACUUCGAGGCAAAGUACAUCGGCAGUCUGGAUGUGACGCGGCCGAGCAGCCGAGUGGAGAUAGUGGCUGCCAUGAGAAGAAUACGGUAUGAGUUCAAGGUGAAAAACAUCAAGAAGAAGAAAGUCAACAUCGUGGUGUCUGUAGACGGUGUGAGAGUGGGCUUGAGGAAAAAGAAAAAAAGGAAGGAGUGGACGUGGGAUGAGAGCAAGAUGAUGGUGAUGCAGGAUCCCAUUUACAGGAUAUUCUACGUCUCUCAUGACUCGCAGGAUCUGAAGAUUUUCAGCUACAUCGCCAGAGACGGACAGAGUAAUGUUUUCCGCUGCAACGUUUUCAAGUCAAAGAAGAAGAGUCAGGCCAUGCGUAUUGUUCGGACAGUCGGCCAGGCGUUCGAGGUUUGUCAUAAACUGAGUCUGCAUCACACACAGCCGAACGCAGACGGACAGGAGGACUGUCACAGCGAGAAGAACGGCAACGACUCCUCCAUCACAGCUCGGGAGAUAACGGCCGUGGAGGAGCCGGCAACCGUCGCCGAGGAGACAGAUAUCGAUGCGGAAGAGCCGGCACAGGUGCCGUCAGCAGAGGAGUUAAACCCCAAUAGAGGGGUGACCGAUUUAGACGCCACAGCCAAGACGCCUGACGUUAACCCAGUGGAGACGAAGGCUUCAGAGGAGGCUUCUCUCCUGAUUGCCAGCCCCAGGAUGCUACUCCCUGCAUCGGGCACACUGCCACCAGGUGGCCCCCUGUCGACCCACCACCAGAUCCAGCUGCUCAACCAGCAGCUCCAGCAGCAAGAGCAGCAGACACAAGUCGCUGUGGCACAGGUCCACCUAUUGAAGGACCAGCUGAGUGCGGAGGCCACGGCUCGGCUGGAGGCCCAGGCCCGGGUCCACCAGCUGCUGCUGCAGAACAAAGACCUGCUGCAGCACAUCUCCCUGCUGGUUAAACAGAUCCAGGAGAUAGAGACCAAGAUGACCGGACCAAACUCCAUGGGAUCUCAGGACAGUCUGCUGGAGAUCACUUUCCGAUCGAUGGUACCUCAGGUGAUGUGCGACGCCACGACGCCCAAACCUGAUGUGUCCAUGCUCAACCUCCCCGGGCUGGGCUCCACUGACGGGAACGCCUUCACUUCUUCCAACGGGACUCUGGGAAGCCCCCUAGUUGACCAAAGUAUGUUUGAGAACUCCGUUGCCCAGCAGCAGAGUCCUCAGACGUCCAGGCCCGGCCCCCCCUCGGCCCGCCGCCCCCCAGCAUCAGCUAGCCACAACCUGGGGUCCAGCUCUGUCGACUCUCCUUCCUCCGGAGGACAGCAGAGGCUUAAGAAUGCCAUUAACCUGGGCAAGGCUGUCGGGGCAAAGGUCAAUGACUUGUUAAGAAGAAAGGAGUCCAGCCACCUAGGGGACAUUGGGGUCACAGAGGUCAACAAGAACGUUGAUGUGGUGUGGAGCUGUAUGGAGCAACUCAAUCAGACCACUGCAAACAGUCACAUCUCUUCCUUCGACUCCUUCCCCCGGCUGGACCCACCACCCCCGACGGGGAAGAAGCGUCUGCCCCGGGCUCUGAAGACCACCCAGGACAUGAUGAUCUCCUCUGACCCCGUGGUCUCCUCCCCGGACCCCGCUGACUCUUCCUCCUUCCUCUCCUCUCCCGAGAAGUCGCCCCUCAUCGGCCCAGAGGAGCCGAGGAGCAGUGGGGAGCAAAAGGAGGACGAGGGGUCAGAGGAGACCCCCCUGGGCCCCGCAGAGAAGAAUGCUGAUCGCUGGGAGAAGACGGGGAGCAACGGAAAAGUCCAUGGAGUCACAGGUGGAGGAGAAAACGAGGUGGAGAACGGGAGCAGUGACGGAGGCGAGGAGGAACAUCAGCCCCAGUUCUCUGUGCCGGACCUCAUCAACAAAGACCCCCCGAUGGUGGAGCCCAGAGCCAAGCCCUGCGACGUCUGGCAGAAAGCGUCGGGGCCCGAGUCCCGUCUGGCCUCCACCCCUACGGGGAAGACCUCCUGCCGCAUCAGCCUGGGCGAAGACAUCCUGCUGGGGAACGGCGCCCCCUGCAGUAAAGGGGCUGAAGACCUGGAGCCCCACCCAGACCUGCUGUCGUUUGAGUAACAAGCCAGAUUCCAGAUCAGUACGUCUCAAAAAGUUUCUGCUCUUCAUUCCAACUAAAGAGGUAAUUCAAACGGACUGAUGGAGUACUGAUCAAACAUUCACUGCCACUUUGAAAUACUUCCUGCUCCAGGGUUUGCUUUAGGGAAAGGGAACACUUCCAGGAAUCAGGACAUGGCCCGGAUCUUUAGGAACUUUUUACCAAGACACUGCAAGCUUCAUGCAGAGGGAUUACAUCAUUUAACAUUUCAAACUAUAAAACACACAUAUAUUAAGGAUUCCUUUUUUCAUUUAGUGUUUUAACACUUCCAAAGUUUUAUAUCAUGUAACCUCUGCUUUAGUUAUGAAGAAAUAUCAGAUAAUGAAUUUAAUUGAAGAAAUGAAAUAUCCCUUUUAAUGGGCGGAAUAAGUAAAAACUACUCAAUUCUGACAAAGAUUAUUACUUUUAAAGAAUGUAUUAAGUUAAUAUAGUAUCAUGCCAUUCAUUUUAAAAGGGAUAUUUGCUUCAUAAUGGUCACACUGUAAGUCCAUAUCCUACAUAAGCUUCUACUAUGAAACCAAUUACAAUAUAUAUAAAGCAAUAUCUUUUACCUUCAAUAUAAAUAUAAGUUAUAGCAGAUUUUUCGUCAGUGUCAUUUCCAGCAUGAAAACUGAAUACACAAAGAGGGAAACAAGAUGGAGUGCGGACGUGUUAAAGAUGGAGAGGUUUGGGGGGG